UAGAGUCAUAAUGGACCACCCUUACUCCCUCUUUGUUAGUCUUUUUGACUGUAAUACCUCUGAAUACAGACAGACCAUAGAAUAUGUAGAGGUGGCACUCAAACAUUUACCGCCUAAAUGUGGUCAAUCCAUAUUUUCUACCGACGAAAGUUCUUUACCUUUCCAUGUGUCCCACAAGCACAACAAACUGAACAAAGAGUUUCGUUUAUGUGACACGUGAUCAGUACCACAUCAAAAUCCCCGAGCGAAUAGACACAACGCCUAGCUGGCACUUUUAACCAAAAUUUAACGAGAAAAUCUAUAAUUGCCGAACUAAUUACUGUGUGCGUUUUUGGUUUUUAUCAAUUUGUUGUUGUUCGAAAAUAUUUUUAGUUGCAGUUCAGCUGCUAAUCGGUGUGCACAUCCAAAAUGAAGUGUUUGUUCAUUUUAAUAACUUUAGUAACGUCAAUUGCUAGUGACGAAGAGUGUGGACUGCGAAAAUCGGUUAAUCCGUUUGUGUUUGGUGGAACAGCAGUUAGUGCUGGCGAUUUCCCGUGGGUGGUCCCAUUGAUUCGGAAGUAUAAUGACAAAUUUUUCUGCGGUUCGAAUUUAAUUAGUCGUCAGCAUGUCUUGACUGCCGCCCAUUGUGUCGUUGAAAAGGGAUCAACGCAACACUUUACUCAAGAUGACAUCUAUGCACUUGUCGGACGUUUCGAUCUAACAAUCAACGAAGAACGAUCCAUCAAGGCGGACAUUAAGAAAAUUAUCGUCCAUCCAAACUGGUCGUCGAAUGACAUCCGCUAUGACGCAGAUAUUUCUAUUCUUAUGCUAAAACAUCGUGUGGAGUUUACUGAUAAUAUUCAACCUGUUUGCUUGCCCGGGUCAGAUGAACCGGUUUUUGAGAUACGCGGUCUCGUCGUGGGAUAUGGAAAGUCUGAAUCGGGUGCGAUCCAUGAGAACACACCUAGGAAGGUGGAAAUUUCUUCGUACACAAAUGACCACUGUUUCUUUUCGGAUUACCAAUUCGCUCGGUUCGGUUCGCCGAGAACCUUUUGUGCUGGUGAACGGGGGAAAACGCCAUGUCAAGGCGACUCGGGCAGUGGAUUCUAUGUUGACGAAAAAUCUGUGUGGAAAAUUUUGGGCGUCGUGUCAUCGGCCACCGUUCAAGAAUGUGGCAGCAACGAUUUCGUAUUAUUCACAAAUGUGGUCAAGUUUACCGAUUGGAUUCGGAGCGAGAUGAUCAAGUCCAAUGACAAAGACGAACUUGAAACUGUUUUCAAUGAAUUCGACGAAAAUUCUGCUGAUUUUCAGAAUCCAAUCGAAAGGCGGAACGUUGUUGACACAGAAUGUAAAUUCCGGGAAAGCAGUUCAACUUAUGCUUGCUACAUAAAUGGUUUAACGGCACCGGAUGAAGACAUUCAAUUGAGAAUCCAAGGUGGUGCACACAGGCCCCAAAGGACCAAUCGAGAUGUAACUGCAAUGCAAAUGGUCAGCGGUACUGUAACACAUUUUCCAGACUUGUCGGAUGCAAUGAAAACCUUUCCCAAUUUGAAUGGGUUUGGAAUCGCUUUUGCCAAGAUGAAACACAUCGAUCGGAAGAACCUGAAGAAUCUCGGUCAAUUCAGGUUUCUCCUAAUUUCGGAUAAUCAAAUCGAAGUGAUUGCACCGGACACAUUCGAGGAUCUGAAACAAUUGGAACUGAUCGACAUUUGCCGAAACCGCAUUAAGAACUUGGAACCGAACUGGAUAUCGACAAUGCCAAGGUUGCGCGUGUUCAAGGCUCGAAACAAUUUCUUCCAAUAUGUGCCGGCGAAUAUGUUCAAGGCGAAUCCAGAGUUGGAGGAAAUUUUAUUCGAUUCGAAUGAUUUGCAAAGGAUUGAUACAGAUUUUAGCGAACUGAAAAGCUUAAAAAAUUUGAGAAUUUUGAACAAUACUUGCAUUGACAAGGCUUAUUGCAAUGACGUUAAUCCAAAAUGCAUGAAGUCUCUACGACAAUUUUCGUUACUUGUUACUGGACUUUGUGGAGAUUUUUCAGAGGACGCCAGCCCAUAGGUUUCAUUGAUUUUUAUUUGACGAAUUUUUUAAUGACAAAAAUUUUGAUUGACUAUUGUGAUUGACACUGGGAUGUGUUGUAUUGUAACGAGAAGGAACAACUGCUUGUCGUACUAAAAUAUUUGAAUAAAA